AGAUUUGUCAUCGACUUUCUCUUUUCUCCUGGUUUCUUCAUUUUAUUCUAUUUUUCCUCUUCAAUACUGUAAUACCAGUACAAUUAUGUUUGAUCGUCUGAAGGGUAAGACUGUCAUGGUCACUGGCGCCAGCUCGGGCAUUGGCGCCAGCUGCGCGCGCCUAUUCGCCGAAGUCGGUUCGAACCUGAUUCUGACUGCGCGUCGCACCGACCGUCUGGCUGCUUUGGCCGCAGAGAUCCGCUCCAAGUACCCGCAAGUGCAAGUGCACACUGCCGAACUAGACGUGCGCAACCGUGCGGACGUCGACCGGGUUGUGUCUGAGCUCCCUGCGGAAUUCUCUGCAAUCGAUGUGCUGGUGAACAACGCAGGAUUGGCGCUGGGUACGGACCCGGUGGUCUCGGUGACCGACGAGUCGAUCGAUACUGUCCUGGACACAAACGUCAAGGGUCUAUUGUAUGUGACGCGGGCGGUGGUGCGCGGGAUGCGGGCGCGCGGCUCCGGCCAUGUCAUUAUGAUGGGGUCGAUUGCCGGCCUGACUGCCUACCCGACCGGCAGCAUUUACUGUGCAUCCAAGUAUGCUGUGCAUGCGAUUGCACAGUCCUUGCGUGCCGAGACCCUGGAUGUGCCGAUCAAGGUCACUGAGAUUAAUCCGGGCAUGGUGGAGACCGAGUUCUCGAUUAUCAGGAACUAUGGCGAUAAAGAGAAGGCUGACAAUGUCUACCGCGGCAUUGAGCCGAUGACCGGGGAUGAUGUGGCCGAGGCCGUUGUGUUUGCGGCGUCGAGGCAUCAGCGUUGCGUCGUGUCGGAUGUCGUUCUGCUUGCUACCGGACAGUACUCGCCGACUGUUGCCCACCGCAAGGAGUAGAAUGUCUUAUCCAGAUCUUAGAGUUUACAAAACUAUAGAAAUUUAGCAGGUUGUUUGUUUAUUGGUAACAGAUGCCGCACUAGGUACAAAUUAUAUGUUUU